AGGCUCGUCAAAUCAGUUGGCGCCGAGAGGGCAGGUUGAGCGGAGGCUCGAAUCGCGCCGCGGGCCACUUGAAGGCCCACCCCGCCCUCCGCGGCCUACCUGGAGCCUUUCCGGUGCGCUCCUCAGUCUAUCCAUACUUCCGGAGGGAGGGGCUGCCGGACCCCGGCGUGCUCCUUGUAGGUCAGUCCAAGGUGUGAGCGGGAGCCGGCUGCUGUCGGAGCCGAGCUGAGGCCCCAUGUCGGACUCGGACAGCGAUGAAGAUUCGGCCGCCGGCGCUUGCAGUGGCGGCGGUGGCGACGGGGACAGCUGCGGCGGCGGCGGGGGCUGCUGCGGCGGCGGCGGCAGCGGCGGUGGCGGCGGAGGCGGCGGAGGAGGUUGCGGCGGCAACGGCAACGGCGGCGGCAGUGGUCCCUUCUCCUUAGCCGGCUUUCUCUUCGGAAACAUCAACGAGGCUGGGCAACUGGAGGGGGACAGUGUCCUGGACAAGGAAUCUAAGAAGCACUUGGCAGGUCUUGGGGCUUUGGGUCUUGGCAAUCUGAUCACUGAAAUCACUGCAAGUGAGGAUGAAGUGUCUGGAACUGAUGGUGUCUUGGUGGACGAAGAAGGUUGGGUUAAGAGCACUGAAGAUGCUGUAGACUAUUCUGAUAUUACUGAAGUGGCAGAAGAUGAAAGCCGAAGAUACCACCAGGCUAUGAGCAGCUUGCAGCCAUCCUGUCCCUCAGAUGAUGAUGAUGACUAUGAUGCUGACUGUGAAGACAUUGAUUCUAAGCUUAUGCCCCCUCCACCUCCCCCACCAGGACCUAUGAGGAAGGAUGAUGGCCAGGAUCCUGCUGUAUGUGCAGUAUCAGAAGAUGGAGAUGGCAUCAUUCUGCCCUCCAUCAUUGCCUCUUCCUCUGCAGCCUCAGAGAAAGUUGAAUUUAGUAGCUCUUCUGAUUCAGAAUCCGAGAUGGGCCCACAGGAAACAAGACAGACUGAGGCUAAGGAGGGCAAACUCACUCUCCCUCUGGCUGGGAUCAUGCAGCGUGACUCCACAAAAGUAUUACCUAGUGUCACAGAACUUUUUCCUGAGUUUCGGCCUGGCAAGGUAUUACGCUUCCUUCGCCUCUUUGGCCCAGGAAAGAAUGUCCCAUCUGUUUGGCGAAGUGCUCGGAGAAAGAGGAAGAAGAAGCACCGAGAGCUGGCACCAGAAGAACCUCAUGAGGGCGAAUGCUCUGGGGACCCUGACUUGGAGAGAAAAUCACCAUGGGCCUAUGAAUAUGCUCCCCCACCCCCUCCAGAACAGUGUCUGUCGGAUGAUGAGAUCACGAUGAUGGCUCCUGUGGAGUCCAAGUUUUCCCAGUCAUCUGGAGACAUAGACAAAGUUACAGACACCAAGCCAAAGGUAGCUGAAUGGCGUUACGGGCCUGCCCGGUUGUGGUAUGACAUGUUGGGUGUACCUGAAGAUGGCAGUGGGUUUGACUAUGGCUUCAAACUCAGAAGUGCACAAGAUGAGCCAUCUACAAAGCCAGGGAUGAUGGAAAAGGAUUUGGGGGCAUUGGAGGAAGCAGGGGAUCUUCUGGCUGAUGAGAACUUCCUGAUGGUGACCCAGCUGCACUGGGAGGAUGACAUCAUCUGGGAUGGAGAAGACAUCAAACAUAAAGGCACUAAGCCCCAGCGGGCCAGUCUUGCUGGCUGGCUUCCCUCCAGCAUGACCAGGAAUGCCAUGGCCUACAAUGCUCAGCAAGGUUUUACUGCCACUCUGGAUGAUGACAAACCUUGGUAUUCCAUCUUCCCAAUUGACAACGAGGAGCUGGUAUAUGGCCGUUGGGAAGACAACAUUAUCUGGGAUGCCUUGGCUAUGCCUCGCCUCUUGGAGCCACCUGUCCUGACUUUGGAUCCAAACGAUGAGAAUCUUAUCCUGGAAAUACCUGAUGAAAAGGAAGAAAUGACAUCAAAUUCCCCCUCAAAGGAGAAUAAGAAAGAAUCUUCUUUAAAGAAGAGUCGAAUCCUUUUGGGGAAAACAGGUGUUAUUAAGGAAGAGCCACAGCAGAACAUGUCCCAGCCGGAGGUGAAGGACCCUUGGAACCUGUCCAAUGAUGAGUUUUACUACCCUAAGCAGCAGGGCCUUCGUGGCACCUUUGGAGGGAACAUUAUACAGCAUUCGAUCCCUGCUGUGGAGCUCCGGCAGCCCUUCUUCCCCACCCACAUGGGCCCCAUCAAACUCCGGCAGUUUCACCGCCCACCUCUGAAGAAGUACUCCUUUGGGGCCCUAUCCCAGCCGGGUCCCCACUCCGUCCAACCCUUGCUGAAACACAUCAAGAAGAAAGCCAAAAUGAGAGAACAAGAGCGCCAGGCCUCUGGGGGUGGGGAGAUGUUUUUUAUGCGCACACCCCAAGAUCUGACAGGCAAAGAUGGAGAUCUGAUUCUUGCGGAGUAUAGUGAAGAGAACGGUCCCUUAAUGAUGCAGGUCGGCAUGGCAACCAAGAUAAAAAACUACUAUAAACGGAAACCUGGGAAAGACCCUGGUGCCCCAGAUUGCAAGUAUGGAGAAACGGUUUAUUGCCACACAUCUCCUUUCCUGGGCUCUCUCCACCCUGGACAGCUUUUGCAGGCAUUUGAGAACAACCUCUUUCGUGCUCCAAUUUAUCUUCAUAAGAUGCCAGAGACAGACUUCCUGAUUAUUCGGACACGACAGGGUUAUUAUAUUCGGGAGCUGGUUGACAUCUUUGUUGUUGGCCAGCAGUGCCCCUUGUUUGAAGUUCCUGGGCCCAACUCCAAACGGGCAAACACCCACAUUAGAGACUUCCUGCAGGUUUUCAUUUACCGCUUAUUUUGGAAGAGUAGAGACCGUCCACGCAGGAUCCGUAUGGAGGAUAUCAAGAAAGCCUUUCCUUCUCACUCAGAAAGUAGCAUCCGAAAGAGAUUAAAGCUCUGUGCUGACUUCAAGCGCACAGGGAUGGACUCAAACUGGUGGGUGCUGAAGACUGAUUUCCGUUUACCAACUGAGGAAGAAAUCAGGGCUAUGGUGUCUCCAGAGCAGUGCUGUGCUUAUUAUAGCAUGAUAGCAGCGGAGCAGCGAUUGAAGGAUGCUGGCUAUGGGGAAAAGUCCUUCUUUGCUCCUGAAGAAGAAAAUGAGGAAGAUUUCCAGAUGAAGAUUGAUGAUGAGGUGCGUACUGCCCCCUGGAACACUACAAGGGCCUUCAUUGCAGCCAUGAAGGGCAAGUGCCUUCUGGAAGUGACUGGGGUGGCAGAUCCUACAGGGUGUGGGGAAGGCUUCUCCUAUGUGAAGAUUCCAAACAAACCAACCCAGCAGAAGGAUGAUAAGGAACCCCAGCCAGUGAAGAAGACAGUCACGGGAACCGAUGCAGAUCUCCGUCGCCUCUCUCUAAAAAAUGCCAAGCAACUUCUCCGUAAAUUUGGUGUGCCGGAGGAAGAGAUCAAGAAGCUCUCUCGGUGGGAAGUGAUCGAUGUUGUACGCACCAUGUCGACUGAACAGGCUCGCUCUGGAGAGGGGCCCAUGAGUAAAUUUGCCCGGGGGUCAAGGUUUUCGGUGGCUGAACAUCAGGAACGUUACAAAGAAGAAUGUCAACGGAUCUUCGACUUGCAGAACAAAGUUUUGUCAUCAACUGAAAUUCUGUCAACUGACACCGACAGCAGCUCUGCCGAGGAUAGUGACUUUGAAGAAAUGGGAAAGAACAUUGAGAAUAUGCUACAGAACAAGAAAACCAGUUCUCAGCUAUCGAGAGAGCGGGAGGAGCAGGAGCGGAAGGAAUUACAGCGAAUGCUACUGGGUGAGGAAGGUGCCAAUGACAAGGAAACGGGCAAGAAAGAGAAGAAGGACAAAAAGGGACUGUUGAGCUCUGGAGGCUCUCACAAGGACGAUGACACAGCCUCUGUGACCAGUCUUAACUCCUCAGCCACGGGUCGAUGCCUCAAGAUUUACCGAACCUUUCGAGACGAGGAUGGGAAGGAGUAUGUCAGAUGUGAGACCGUGAGGAAGCCUGCUGUCAUUGACGCCUACGUACGCAUACGGACGACGAAGGAUGAAGAGUUCAUUCGGAAAUUUGCCCUGUUUGAUGAGCAACAUCGAGAAGAGAUGCGGAAGGAACGGCGAAGGAUCCAGGAGCAACUGAGGCGUCUCAAAAGGAACCAAGAAAAGGAAAAGCUCAAGGGUCCUCCUGAGAAGAAGCCCAAGAAAAUGAAGGAACGUCCUGAUUUGAAGAUUUUCUCCUGUCUCUAUCUCCGCCCCCCCCAGCUAGUCCUUAUAACCAAGAAUGGCUGUGUGUGCCCACACUUUGGAUUUCUAAAAUGUGGAGCUUGUGGUGCCAUCGGGCACAUGAGGACAAACAAGUUCUGCCCUCUGUAUUACCAAACCAAUGCUCCGCCCUCCAACCCUGUCGCCAUGACAGAGGAACAGGAGGAGGAGCUAGAAAAAACUGUCAUCCCUAAUGAUAAUGAAGAGCUUAUCAAGGUGGAAGGGACCAAGAUUGUCUUGGGCAAGCAGCUAAUUGAGAGAAGGCUGCAGCAUAUUACUAAUGAUGACUCUCGAGCAAGAAGUGGCGUAAAAGAUCUCAUCCAGGAGAUAUAUGUUUGGAAAAGGAGUGCAGAUGAGGUUAGAAGGAAAUCGCUGGUUCUGAAGUUCCCUAAACAGCAACUUCCUCCCAAGAAGAAACGACGAGUUGGGACCACUGUUCAUUGUGAUUAUUUGAAUCGACCCCACAAGUCUAUCCAUCGACGCCGGACAGAUCCCAUGGUGACGUUGUCAUCUAUCCUGGAGUCCAUCAUCAAUGACAUGAGAGAUCUUCCCAAUACUUACCCUUUCCACACUCCUGUAAAUGCCAAAGUUGUGAAGGACUAUUAUAAAAUCAUCACCCGGCCCAUGGACCUGCAAACACUCCGUGAAAAUGUCCGUAAGCGCCUCUACCCAUCCCGAGAGGAAUUCCGAGAGCACUUGGAACUGAUUGUGAAAAACAGUGCAACGUACAAUGGGCCUAAGCAUUCAUUGACUCAGAUCUCUCAGUCGAUGCUGGAUCUCUGUGAUGAGAAGCUGAAAGAGAAAGAAGAUAAACUGGCCCGCUUAGAGAAGGCCAUUAACCCCUUGUUGGAUGAUGAUGACCAGGUGGCAUUCUCUUUCAUUCUGGACAACAUCGUCACCCAGAAGAUGAUGGUGGUUCCAGACUCUUGGCCAUUUCAUCACCCAGUGAAUAAGAAGUUUGUUCCAGAUUAUUAUAAAGUGAUCAUCAACCCAAUGGAUUUGGAAACCAUCCGCAAAAACAUUUCUAAGCACAAGUAUCAGAAUCGAGAUGCCUUUCUGGAUGAUGUCAACCUUAUUCUAACCAAUAGCAUCAAGUACAAUGGUUCAGAUAGUCAGUACACCAAAACUGCUCAGGAGAUCGUGAACAUUUGUCAUCAGACUCUUUCUGAGUACGAUGAACAUCUGACUCAGCUUGAGAAAGACAUCUGUACUGCUAAGGAAGCAGCUUUGGAAGAGGCUGACUUGGAAAGCUUAGACCCAAUGACCCCAGGGCCUUAUACUCCCCAGCCUCCUGAUUUGUAUGAUACGAACACAUCCCUUAGUAUGUCUCGAGAUGCCUCGGUCUACCAAGAUGAAAGCAAUAUGUCUGCCAUGGACACACCAACUACUACCCCAGAGAAGAGGGGGGUACAGAUGGACCAGGGCCGAGGUAGGCUGGGCAAGGAAGACUCUGAUGUAGAUAUUGAAAGGUUUGAAGAGGAGGAUGGGAAACAUAAGACUCCAGCCCCAGAAGAAGAUGCAGAUGAAGAGGAGGGAUCUGCACAACAGCCUCAGUCUAGUGUCUUGUAUGAAGAUUUGCUUAUGUCUGAUGUGGAGGAUGAGGAGGAAGAUGCUGGGAGUGAUGACGAAGGAGAUAACCCUUUUUCCUCUAUCCAGCUGAGUGAGAGUGGCAGUGAUUCUGACAUGGAGUCUGGUGGAAUGAGGCCCAAACAGCCCCACAUGCUCCAAGAGAACACAAGAAUGGGCAUGGACAAUGAUGAGAGCAUGAUGUCCUAUGAGGGAGAUACUGCUGAGACAUCUCACGGGAUGGAGGACAGCAACAUCAGUUAUGGGAGCUAUGAGGAGCCUGACCCCAAAUCAAAUACUCGAGAUACAAGCUUUAGCAGUAUAGGUGGAUAUGAUGUCUCAGAGGAGGAGGAGGAGGAGGAGGAGGAAGAGGAGGAAGAGGAGGAGGAGGAGGAGCAGGAGGAGGAGGACGAGGAGGAGGACGAGGAGGACGAGGAGGACGAGGAAGAAGAAGAAGAACAGCGUGGGGGGCCCAGUGUCCUCAGCCAAGUCCGGCUGUCGGAGGAUGAGGAUGACAGUGAGGACUGCCACUCAAUUGCUGCAGACAGUGAUUUGGACUCUGAUGAAUGAGGUUCUUCCUUAGGCCCUCUUUGACAUUUUACCUUCCCCCGAUUAUGUAUAUAUUGUGUACAGUGUCUGAUUGAGCCAUGAGGUGAACACAGUUGAGUUUUUUAUUUUUAAAUUAUUCAUAAGCAAUAAUAAAUCUUUCUUCCUGACCUUACUGGGUUGGACAUCAUCAUCUGAUUUUUCAAAAAAUCCCUCAGCAUCCUGUCUUGAGCUUCCUUUCCUCCUCUGGCUUCAUUUCUUCCUUUCCCCUUGCAAGGGGGAACAUUUCGUAAAAGGGCACCUUGCUUUUGGCACUUUUGCCCCUUACCACAAAAGAUCCAAGCUUCCUGUGCCCUCUUACCCCUUGUUCCAACUUAGCCCUUGCCUCAGACCAAGGCAAGGCUUGGGGCAUAGAGACCAUUGCUGUGUGGCUAGCCUUUUCUUCACUUCCUUUUGAAUCCUGAUAUGCCUUUCCUCAAAUGGCUGAUCCAGACUUUCUUCACUCUUCCACAGCCCCAAUCUUGGUCCAUCCCUUCCUAAACAGCCCCUUAUUCUCAUCUCAGCAGGACCAUCUUGGCUUUUUGUACUGAGGAGCUAUCUCACAUUCCUUUCUUUCCUGCGUUUCCUCACAGCUGCAAACUUCUGGAGCUUCACUUGAGUCUCUUCUCCUCCUUGUGAUAUAUAUCACGUACGCCUGCCCUCUGUCCAGUUCCCCUUUGUCCUGUUCUGGACCUCAUCUCACCCAUCGUCCACCACCCUGUCUCACAUCUCUCUCUCCCUGCAGCUCUUGGACUUCAGCCCCGCCCCCCCCCCCCCCCCCCCCCAAACCUCUUCCCUUGACUCUGCUACCAUCUUACCUCCUUCCCUACGCUCACUUCUGAGAUACCUACCUGGCUUCUGGCUGUUGGCCUGAAGGUUGACAGUGCUCCUUUUGGCUAAUCCAUUGGCUUGUUCUCAUGCCUCCUCUCCAGUCGUCAAUGCUGACCACUCGUACCUCCCUUGACUUUAGCGACAUGGUAUUUUGUCUUUCCCUCUUUCUCCUUUUGGAGCUCCCUCAAUCAGAGGAUGCUUUUCGAGGCUUUUGUCCUCGGACUCCUGCUAUUUACUCUCUUCAGCAGACUCUCCUGCGGCAAUCCUGUACCUUCCCAUAGCUUCACCUGCCGUUCUAUCUGCUUGCUGCAGACCCAAGCCAACAAUUGUCACCUGAAGCUCCAACAUGUUGCCCUACUGGGAAGGGGCCAGUAUUUCCAGCUAAUCCACAGGCUGAUCUGUGUGAGGUUUUCUUUGCUUCUUGAUAGGUCUGGACUCUGGAUCUCUUAAGAGUUCCAGUCCUAGGUCUAGGCCAGAACUAUGAGAGUUUGUGCCUGGAAUAAUUGCUUGUAUACACAGCCAAAACAAAACAAAAGUAAUCUUCUCUCCUCAGACCAUCAUUCUUAUCACUAAGGAUCCAAACUUCUUAUCUUGGUCUCUUCUCAUCAAGUUGUUAAAUUUUGUAUCUCUGCUCUCUCCAAGAAAACUGGCCCCUCCUUUUCAGCCCCUUGUGCUGCCCUAGUCCCAGCCCCCAUCACCAGUCGGUCACCUGGGAUGCUCUCCUACCUUCCUAACUUGUCUUCUGUCUUGCUUUUCCAAUCUGUCCUGUCUAUCCACAGCUGACAUCCUUUCAGCUCCAAUUAUGUUGCUCGCUGUUGACUACCAGCAACUUUUACACUUACCCCAGUACUGAAGGUCUCUUCCAGCUGGGUUCCAAUCUGCCAGUUCUCAUACUACUUCCCCUCAUAUGGGCUUGGAAUGCAUCCAGUUUAAAAAUACAUACUUAGCAGUAAAAGUCAUCCUGAAGUUAGGAGUAUGACUAGGAAGAUUUCACAUUUGACUAUCUUAUAUAAUUCCUUCACCCCCCUCCCCCCCGCAAAAAAGAUCAUCUGGCCAACUCUAUGAGAAGGAGCUAACUGCUGCUGUAGGCUAGGUGGCCUUGUCUCUUUGUACUGAUGGGCUGCUGAGGUUGGACUGGGGGGUGGGGGGGAGAUUGGGGCUUGAGAAGAGUGGAUCAAAUCUAGACCAGCCACUCCAAAAGGGUCUCUGUGUUCUGCUUGAGUUUGAGGUCACAGUACGCACUGAAAGCGAACUAGACCUACCCCAGGUUCUGCCUAGUGAAACCUGACUCCUUAGCCAAGAAAAGAGAUCUGAAUUUAAAAAAAGAAACCUUGUUCCUCAGUCCAGGUCUGAUUCCAAUCAAAUGGGAUCACAUCUGUAACAAGCACUUAGCACAGUGCCUGGUACAUAGUAGGUGCUAUAUAAAUGCUUCUUCCUUCGCCCUCCCCAUUCAGAUGCAACCCACUCUGUGUUGUUUCUCCUCCCACCUUGAUGCACUCAGCAUCUUUUCUUUUGUACUGAAGCUAUUUGUGUAUGUCUUUUCUCCCCUAAUGAAUUGUCAUUUCCCUGAGACUCGGUCUUAUCAUAACAAAUGCUUAAUAAAAAAAUAAAAUUGCUCAACUGGA